GCAACAUUUGGCUCCAUUAAGCUGUCGCCAACCGCCAAUAAAGCAUGGAAAAGAAGCUAGCUAGCUAGCUAGCGCGCGCUAUCGACAAGUAGCCAAGUAAAAAGACAGCUUAGAUAACGGAAAACCGUUGGUGCCGUUAUUAUUCUUCGUUGCUUGGCGUCACCUUUACAGCGGCUAAAAUGGUCGAAGACGACGUCCAGUUCAUGAGUGUAUUUCGAAGCAGGCGAAUCAAACUGACUCUACAGACUUCGUCUUACUUUGGUGUCGUUCAGCGCAUAAACCGCAACAGAACCGUAGUUUUAGCGGACGUUGUUUGUUGCAGCAAUGGAAAUAAAAUCCCAGGCUCCAAAAUGUUCUUCGGACACGAAAUUGUCAACGUGGCGUUCGCUGAGGAAGCGGCGGCUGGCAGCGGGCACGCGCUCAAAACCCUGGAGGACCAGUUGACGGUGAAAAGGUUUCGGCCACACGGGACGGACAAUGACGAUGAAGACGAGCUAAUCAACUUUGUUGUCAUUGACGAGUUUCACGAGAAGUUCGGAUCAGCUGUGUGGCACAUCAAGAAGCAAAGUGUGAUUGGUGUGGGAGCGGAUGGAGUCGACGCGUUCGACCAAGGGAGACUGAGCUGGUUGCAGAUUGCCACGAACAACAGGGUUUAUCUGUUUGAUAUCCUGUUACUUGGAGCCCGGGCGUUCAAGAAUGGUCUCACUAUGAUCCUGGAAAACAAGCACGUAUUAAAGGUCGUCCAUGACUGCAGAGCCAUUGCUGGAUGUCUUAUUGCUCAGUUUGGAGUAAAGCUGACCAACGUCUUUGACACGCAGGUGGCAGAUGUCAUGUGCUUCUACUCUGAGACGGGAGGGUUUCUGCCCAACAGGGUCAGCACUCUCCAGGAGGUGGUGCGCCUCCAUCUGAAGGUGCCUUCCUCCCAACACUUACCCCUUCAAAUGAAGUCAGAGCUCACCAAGGAGGAAAGGGAAAUGUGGUGCAAGCGUCCAUGCCCUGUACCUCUGCUGAAGGUGAUGGCUCUGUCAGUGAUCCACCUGCAGCCUCUGAGACUGGCGCUGUUGGACACGCUCAUGACAGACUACAUGGCCGCUGUGGACGGGUAUCUCAACAGCAGCUACUAUGACCCUGAUAAACUGCAGCAAAUAAGCAUGGACACCGUGUUGGAGUUGCCCAAAGAGUUGAUGCAACUGGAUGAAAUGCAUCGUCAGAGGCAUGACUGGGCUGCAAACCACUACCCUGUCACAAAGCAGGGUCUGCUGGAUCGCUUCAACCCCCGAACUUUGUCUCCCCCUCAAACCCCACAUGUUGUCAGGGAGCAGGGCCAGACCAAGCAACAGGAAGACGCUGUUCAGCCCACACCUAUGCAGCCACUGACAUCUACACAGGCAGACCUUCUCCACCAACCACCUAUGAACCCGAAGUCCACUGUGUUAUCUACACCAUCUAUGGAUGUCCCUGCUUCUCCCAGUCUCCCAGCCCAGGGGUUUAAGUUGAGUAGACAUGCGAUCGCUAUUGAUAACCCAUCUGUAGAUGUAGGCAUAGGACACACCGAGGUACUGAUGAAUGCAGUUGGAAGAGGAAGGCCCUCAGGGAAUAAACAGUUGACACCCCCUUUACCUGCUAUAGGAAGAGGCUUUCUUCCAUCGAUGCCACCAGCCCAUGCCACGAGAGAGGGGGGGCAUCCUGGUAGGUUGCAGACAGCUUUGCCAUUUCCCGAUGUCACACCCCCAGGAAGUCUUGCCACAGCUGCUAUUGGUGCCGCUGACUUCUUCUAGCUUGAUAGAACAGAACCUCUCAUUUUCAGUCAUUUCAGAUAUUAAGUGCCACUGAAACUUCCUAAGGUUACAGUUCCCAAACGUUUGGUUUUCAUUAAGUCAUUUUUUGCUCUGACCACUAGAUGUCAGUAAAUAUUUAGUCUUUGUUACCAGUGUAAAAAUGUAUUUGUUUAAAAGAACAAAUAUCUGCCAAGUUGGGCCAUUCUAUUUAAAAAAAAUGAAUAUAAAUUUGUUUUCUGUUA